AUGUCAGACUUGACGAUUCCUUUAGGAAUUUCUCUGACAUCAUCACUUCAAUAUAUUUCAUUACCCAAUUGCAUCAUGAGGGGUAACAUUCCCAUUGGUAUUGGCAACUUGAGCAGCUUGGUAGCCUUAGAACUGGGAUACAAUCAAUUGAGUGGAUCAAUUCCAACUUCAGUGGGAAGACUUGGGGAUCUCCAAGGAUUGAAUUUGGGUGGUAACAAGUUGCAAGGCUACAUCCCAUAUCAACUUUGUCAACUAGAUAACCUAGCUUACUUAUAUUUGGGUAGUAAUCAGCUCUCUGGUUCUAUACCUUCCUGCUUGGGUAAUCUAGCCCCAUCUCUAAGAAGUCUAUCACUGGAGUUCAAUUUGUUAACUUCCACAAUACCAUCUAGCUUGUGGAAACUUACGUAUCUAUUGCACCUAAACGUAUCAUCCAAUUCUCUAAUUGGACCUCUCUCACAAGAUAUUGGAAACUUGAAAGUUGUCCUAGAGGUAGAUUUAUCAAAUAACCAUUUAUCUGGUGUUAUACCAAGCACCAUUGGCCCUCUUCGGGAUCUCGUCAAUCUAUCCUUGGCAAAUAAUAAUUUGGAAGGCCCUAUUCCAAGUUCUUUUCACUACUUGCUAAGCCUGCAACUCUUGAAUUUAUCCAGAAACAAUCUAUCUGGAGUGAUUCCCAAGUCUUUAGAAGCUCUGUCACUUCUCAAGCAUCUGGAUUUGUCUUUCAACAGGCUUCAAGGAGAAAUUCCAACAGGUGGACCAUUCCAAAACUUCUAUGCUCAAUCAUUUGUCUCAAACAACGCACUUUGUGGUGCACCCCGACUUCAUUUUCCACCAUGCAAAAAUACUACACUUGAACCAAAUUGGAAGAAAGCUAAAUAUAUCAUCCCAGGGAUUAUAUCAGUAAUUCUCCUAGUGGCCUCCAUAUCUAUGUUUGUACUACGCAGGAAAGGAAAUGUGGAAGUUGCAGGAGAGGCUACCUCGUUGCCUCAACUUCUUUGGAGAAGAAUUUCACACCUAGAACUUCUAAGGGCCACAAAUGGAUUUAACGAAAACAACUUACUCGGAAGUGGGGGUUUUGGCUCAGUAUAUAAAGGGACGCUUUCAGAUGGAAUAGACGUUGCAGUAAAGGUUUUCAGUUUACAGCUAGAAGGGGCUUUCAGGAGUUUUGAUAGGGAAUGUGAAAUGCUAAGCAAUAUUCGUCAUAGGAACCUUAUCAAAAUCAUCAGCUGUUGCAGUGAACUUGAUUUCAAAGCCUUGGUAUUGAAUUACAUGCCAAACGGGAGCCUCGAGAAGUGUUUGUACUCUCAAGACUAUUCUUUGAAUAUCUUACAGAGGAUGAACAUAAUGAUAGACGUUGCGGUGGCAGUGGAAUACCUUCAUCAUGGUUAUUCAGUACCUAUUGUCCACUGUGAUUUAAAGCCCAACAAUAUACUACUAGAUGAUGAUAUGGUUGCACAUGUUGCUGAUUUUGGAAUUGCAAAACUCUUGGGUGGAGGAGAUUCUAUUAUCCAAACCAUGACCCUAGCCACUGUUGGGUAUAUGGCUCCAGAGUAUGGAUUGGAAGGAAUGGUUUCAAUAAGAGGGGAUGUGUACAGUUUUGGAAUUCUAGUGAUGGAAACAUUCACAAGAAGGAAGCCAACAUGUGAGAUGUUUGUUGGUGAAAUGAAUUUAAAGCAAUGGAUUGCAAACUCACUGGUUUUGCCAGAUGCAAUGAUAGAUGAAGUUGUGGAUGCCAGUUUGCUUUGCACACAGCAGGAAGAUGAUGAUCAUGUGAGGAAAAGGGAUUGCUUAUCAUCCAUUAUGAGAUUAGCCCUUGCUUGCUGUGCAGAAUCGCCUGAAGAGAGGAUAAAUAUGGAAGAAGCUGUAGCCACACUCAAGAAAAUCAAGAUAAAGUUUUUGAAGGAUGCUGCUCCUGCUGCUGCUCAAAUAAACAGCCCUCUUGUUCAGCGCUUUAAUUAAUGGGUCCCAUCCUUCCUAUGACACUUUGAUUCAAUUGAGUCAUGCGGCUUUGUUUUGGUAUAUUUGAAUUUUAAAGACAAAAUAUUAUGUAGAUG